AUGGUAGCUGGCUCUGGUAAAACUUAUGCAGCUGGUGGACAUCAUUCAUCACACGUUGAUGUUGGAAAAGGAGCAACUACUUAUCCAGAUCGUUUUCCUAAUUCUUGUCAAUUUCGUAUCCCAGAUUGGCGUUCAUAUAAAGUUGAUGGUAUACCUGAAUUAGAAAGUCAUCGUUCAAAAUUAUCGAAUAAAGGUCUUCGUGAUCCUUGGAUUCGAAAUCAAGUAUGGUUAUUUGAUCCAAAAGUUGGUGCUUAUCCAACAUGGCGUAUUAGUUUACGUACUGCUUUCUUUGGUUUGCGUUAUGCUAUGGUAGCUUUAGCUACUUGUCUUAUAACAGAAAAAUUACUUGAAAAAGCUUUUCCACCAUUUCAUGGACAUAUUCAUUUAUACAAUCCGGAUAAACCUCAUUCACAUGAUCAUCAUACUGAUCAACAUCAUUAA